ACACGACUGACCGAGCAGAGCAGAGAAGAGUCUGGAGGAGCAACUUUUAGAAGACGAGAAAAAAGAUCUGCGAUGGCCAAUCACAACGGUCUGAUCCCCAACGUGGAUGUGAGAAGUCAUGAAAACAACUUGCUGCACCGCACCAGGGAGAUUGAUCGGGAGCGCUUGAUCGUGCGCAGGGGGCAGCCCUUCUCCAUAUCCCUGCAGUGCUCCGACUCGCUGACCCCGACGGACCAUCUAGAGCUGGUCCUGCACCUCGGUAAAAAAGACGAGGUGGUGAUCAAGGUGCAGAAGGAGUUCGAGGCUGGAGAUAAGUGGUGGUUUAACCAGCAGGGAGCGCAGGAUGAAAUUCUGCUGACUCUUCACAGUCCGGCGGACGCCAUCAUUGGCGAGUACCAUCUGACUAUGUCGAUCACGUCAUCGGACGGACACAUCGUGAAGAAGACUGAGAAGAUUGGGUUCCACCUGCUCUUUAACCCCUGGUGCAGAGAGGAUGCUGUCUACCACCCUGAUGAAAAGAUGCUCCAGGAGUACAUUAUGAAUGAGGAUGGGAUCAUUUACAUGGGAGCCUGGAAUGACAUUAGGAACAAGCCCUGGAAUUAUGGACAGUUUGAGGACUAUGUGAUGGACAUCUGUUUUAAAGUUCUGGACCACUCCAAGGACGCUAUGACGAACUCAAAGAUGGACCUUGAGAAGAGAUCUGACCCCGUCUACGUCAGCAGGAUGAUCACUGCGAUGGUGAACUCUAACGGGGACAAGGGGGUGUUGACUGGUAAGUGGCAGGAGCCAUACACUGGCGGGUUUGCACCAAAUCGAUGGACCGGCAGCGUGCCCAUCCUUCAGCAGUGGAGCAAGGGGGGGUCGGUCAAAUAUGGCCAGUGCUGGGUGUUUGCUGCUGUCGCUUGCACAGUGCUGCGUUGUCUGGGAAUCCCAACACGACACAUCACCAACUUCGACUCAGCCCACGAUGUUGAUGGAAACCUCUCUGUAGAUAUCCUGGUGAAUGAAAGUAUGGAGAGCGUUGGCAAGAAAGACAGUAGCUGGAACUUCCACUGUUGGGUCGAGUCCUGGAUGAGGAGAGACGACCUCCCUGAAGGGAAUGGCGGCUGGCAGGUUUUGGACCCCACCCCUCAAGAACUGAGUGAUGGUGAGUAUUGCUGUGGCCCGUGUCCACUCAACGCCAUCAAGGAGGGAAAUCUGAACGCAAAGUACGACGCUCCGUUUGUCUUCGCCGAGGUGAACGCUGACAUCGUCUACUGGAUGGUUGGACCAGAAGGCCACCGGAGGAAGAUCAAGGCGGAACACAGCAGCGUGGGGAAGAACAUCAGCACCAAGAGUGUUUACGGCGACUACAGGGAGGAUGUCACGCAGCUCUACAAAUACCCCGAAGGCUCCAAGAAGGAGAGAGAGGUGUACGAGAAGGCCGGACACCGAGUCACAGAGCCGAUCCCUGACCACGUAGAACCAACACAACUGCAGCUGCAGCUGUCAAUCAAGCACGGAAAGCCUGUGUUUGGCACCGACUUCGAUGUGAUAGUUGAGGUGAAGAAUGGCGGAAAGGAAGAGGCCAAUGCUCAGCUGAUCAUCCUGGCCGCCGCCGUAACCUACAAUUCCAUCUAUCAAGGGGAGUGUCAGAGGAAGGCGACCACGGUGACCGUGCCGGCUUACAAAACCCACAAGGAAGUUCUGCGUCUGCGCUACGACGACUACGUCAACUGUGUCUCUGAGCACCACCUGAUCAGGGUGAAAGCGCUCGUGGAGGUUCCAGGGGAGAAUGAACCCGUCAUGACUGUGACCAACAUUCCACUGAGCAUGCCUGAACUCCUUGUACAGGUAUCUGGGAGCUCUGUUGUUCAGGAGAGGGCGACAGCCCUCAUCUCCUUCACCAAUCCCCUUGCUGUCCCACUAAAGCGUGGCAUGUUCACCUUAGAGGGGUCCGGACUGCUACUCUCCUCUGCGAUCUAUGUCAAAGGUGACAUCGCUCCAGGCCAGAAGGUGGCUGUCAAGAUCUCCUUCUCGCCCAUGAGGGUCGGGGUGAGGAAGCUGCUGGUGGACUUUGACUCUGACAGGCUGAAGGACGUGAAAGGAAUCGCGACAGUGGUCGUCCGCAAAAGAAACGUGUUUAGUAGGUUUUCUUAAAAAAAACAGACAUCUAAUCGGUCUGAAACCGCCGACACAUAUUAAAGUGUGAGAUAACCUGAGAGGUGUAACGGUCCUGUUUGAAAAAGAUUUGGAAAACAAAAAGGAUUAGAUCUAUAGUGUUUUUUCUAAAAGUGAAGCGUGAAGGAUAAACAUGUCGACAUCCAUUGGUCAACAAAUACUAGAUUAUUUUAAGGUUACCACGUAUUUGAGCAUUUCUGACUUUGCAUUAUGUCUGACACUCGACGUCCACGUGGAAAUAUAGGAAACAGCAGGUGGCAUGUUGUCUACACGACAAAUAAGUAAAAAAAUUAUAUUUUUAUAUUCCUUCCGAGUGCCAUUUGUUCUUUGUCAUUCUCAUCAUCACUUACUGAAUACAUUAAAUGAAAACCGACGGGGGCCUCGGUCAUGAGGUUCAGGCUUAAAACAUAUUUCUGAAAAGUAUCUGAAGUAAAUCUGAUGCAUCUUCUAUUUCUUUACCUAUUUUGCACUACGCUUACCCACACAUGAUUAAAAUAAGUCUAUUGCUUUAAUGUAUUCUAAAUAUUUAUAAACAUUUACAAUAAUUUUGUGUGUUUAUGCUGAAAAAAAAAUAAAGAUUUUAUUCUUAUUUA